CAUGACCCGUGGGGAGGGUGAAGUGGGAGCAGAGCUGGGAGACGGAAAAGGCCCGGGAGUUUGUCUUGCGAAGGGUCCCAGAGGCGAAGGCGGCGCUUGGCGAGCGGAGGGCAGGCGACCUGGAGCCUGAGCAGGUGCAGGAGCUGUAGGCCCGAGUAUCUCCUGGUGGUGCUCUCAGGAAUGUCCUCCUUAAGUGGGAAAGCCCAAACAGUCCUGGGCCUUGUUGAGCCGAGCCAGCUGGGCCGCACCCUGACCCACGAACAUCUGACCAUGACCUUUGACUGCGCUUACUACCCGCCUCCGACAUGCCAUGAGGCUACCUCUAAGGAACCUAUCAUGAUGAAAAACCUGUUCUGGAUUCAGAAAAACCCUUAUUCUCAUAAGGAGAACCUGCAGUUGAAGGAGGAGACAGCGGCUGUGAGGGAAGAGCUACUGCAUUUUAAAGCCCAGGGUGGAGGGGCCGUGGUGGAGAAUACAACCUGCGGCAUCGGCCGGGACGUGCGGACACUCCAGCAGCUUGCGGCGGAAACUGGCGUCCACAUCAUCGCUGGAGCCGGGUUUUACAUAGACGCCACUCACUCCCCAGAGACCAGAGCCAUGUCGGUGGAGCAGCUUACUGAUGUCCUUAUUAAUGAAAUUCUCCAUGGAGCUGAUGGAACCGAUAUCAAGUGUGGUGUCAUUGGAGAAAUUGGUUGCUCCUGGCCUUUGACUGAGAGUGAGAAGAAGGUCCUUCAGGCAACAGCUCAUGCCCAGUCUCAGCUUGGCUGUCCUGUUAUUAUCCAUCCUGGGAGGAAUCCACGUGCACCGUUUCAGAUUAUUCGAGUCUUACAAGAAGCAGGUGCAGACAUUUCCAAAUCAGUUAUGUCACACCUUGAUAGGACUAUACUUGAUAAGAAGGAGUUAUUGGAGUUUGCUCAGCUUGGUUGUUACUUGGAAUAUGAUCUCUUUGGUACUGCACUCCUUAAUUACCAAUUCAACCCGGAUAUUGACAUGCCUGAUGAUAACAAAAGAAUUAGAAGGGUGCGUCUCCUAGUGGAAGAGGGCUAUGAAGAUCGAAUUCUGGUGGCACACGACAUACACACGAAGCAUCGGCUGAUGAAAUACGGAGGUCACGGCUAUUCUCAUAUACUCACCAACAUUGUUCCUAAAAUGUUACUGAGAGGUAUCACUGAAAACGCUCUUCACAAGAUACUAAUAGAGAAUCCUAAGCGAUGGCUAACUUUCAAAUAGGAUGGUUGCUGUUGAAUUCAAGCUGUGAGUAUAAAACUUGUGGAAAACACGCAGUGAUUGCAAAUCCACUGUGAGAUAUUAAUCAGAGCUAUCCAGGACUAAGAACUGAUUACUUUCUUCUUAUGGGAAGAGUUUGCCUUCUCUGAAACGGGCUAACAAGUAUACCUGCUCCUCUGGGAAGUUACUGAGGGUCAUUGUGCCCAAUGUUCUACCUUAGCAAAAUAAAUCAAAAGGAACCUAUUUCUAAAGGAUGAUUUAAAUCUGCAUCCCCUAAGUGGAGUUCUUGUUCCUGGAUUUCUCCCCCUAAUCUAUCAGCUGAACUACUUGAGAAAAUGUUAAAUGUUUCUAGUUAAAUUACCCCCUUCUGGAGCAACCUAAUGUUUGUCGUAAUAUUGAUGAUCCUACUAAUUAUCCUGCUGUUCUUUAAUUAAUGCUUAAUGAAUAAUAUGGCACUUUAAAAUAGCUUCAGCAACAAGAGAAGUUAAAUCUUGAGAUUUUCUUUCCCCCAAAGGAUACAGUAAUAUAAUUACAAGUUCACAAUGAUAAAAAUAUUUUGGAAGAUAAAUUGGAUGCUAUCCAACUAUCUACAUCUACUAAAUCAGUUUUGAUGCCUUUGGCUUUCUAGUAUCCAUUUUUUGCCGUAAAUUGUGUUGUGUUUUACAAAGUCUGGAUAAGAACACAGUAUAACAGUAUUGAAUCACAGACAUUCAAUCAUAAAAAUCAAUAUAUUACAUAAGAUAGUUUAAUGAAUCAUUACAUAAAUAACAAAGGCCACAAUUUAAUUAAUCCAUAAGAUAAAAUGCAAAAAGAUAAAUGGUUGCCUUAUAUAUAUUCCCUUUAUUUCCUUCACCUUUUGUGUGUUCUUUGGGCCUAAACAUAGAAAAUAAUGCUGAUUUAUGUGAAGAAAAGGUCAGAUCUAUUGGAAAUGACAGUCCAAAUCUAGAGCCUACUCUUUAAACGGUAUCAGGCCCUGAUAUUUUGUGUAAAUAAAGCCUUUUUUAAAAAAAAAAUUCAAAACUCAGUUGAUAUGACUGCUGUUCAUAAGGUAAUCUUUUGAGCGAAUGCCCACUGUGCUGUUAAGUACUUUCAAAACUCAAAACUUUUGCUGCCAGUUCUUCUUUGACAAAUAUAUACUGUUAAAUAGAAUUAAAAUCCAUUGCAAUUCAUGUGUGAGUUAUCUUACAUAUCAGAAAGGCCAAAUAGAAUUAGUCAUUAUUCUUGAUGAAUGGGGUGUUUCUAAUCAUAUCAGUCACGACAGUUACUCAGACCAAGGCAUUCCAACAGCAAACAACACCUUCCGAUGGGAACACCAUGCAGAACUCCGAGAAAGCUGGAGUUUGCUAAAUGAAAGAUAUGUCAGCUGAUCAAAGAUGAUAAGCUUGUUGUGUAUUAGAACACAAAGUACCAAAGAGGAAUGAGCCUGGAGAACCAACCAGUUCCUUUAAAUGAAAAAAUGCAAAUGUCCUUCACCAGUAAAACAAGCAGAUUUUUAAAUCUCUGUUUUUGAAAUCUGCUUGUCAAAGAGUCUUCAAAAGCAGCUGAAAAGAGAACAGAUUUUUCACUGUAAUCGUGGAAGUUGUGAGAUAGGAUAUAUCAACAUGCAUUUUUAAUCUUUUCCUUAGAUUAAAAAGAUGGCUUUUGGCAGUGUAUUUUAACUAGAGAGAAAGGAUUUGCACUACUCUCAAAAUCUACUUUACUGUCAGCUUCAAUCCACCUGAGAAAAAAGAAAAAAUUAAUAACUGAAAUGCAUAUAAUUCAUAGAUGUGCGAAGGGGAGCCUCUUUGUUUCUGCAGUCCUGACAUUCAGUCUGCCACAGAAUGCAGUUACAGUAUUGAUUGGCAUAUGUUAAUAAAGCAGCAAUCGCCAUAACUUUCAUACAUUUGAUGGAGGGCAUUUUAACCUAAGAAGAUGUGAUUUUCUGGAUAGCUUAUAGAGAAAUAAUUUAAGUUGUUUUGCUACUCCAUAUAUUUUCAUCAUCCAAAAUACACUUCAAUCCAAAAUAAAUCAAAUGAUAUAUGCAUCUGUGUGUGUGUGUGUGUGUGUAGACAUAGAUCUUUUUAAAUUUUUGAGGGUAUAUAGCCAUUCUCUUUUUCACUAAAGCUAUAUAUAUAUAUAUAUAUAUAUAUAUAUAUAUAUAUAUAUAAAUGUGUUUUGGGAGAAGGUAUUUGUGUAAAAUAUAUACUCUGUUGUCAUAUUGGUUAUAUGUGAAAUUGUGUUAAUUUUGAAAUAACUGCAGGCCACAGACGUGGAGUAACUCUUUGAAGGCCUUACUUAGUGUCCCCUUGGUAAUGCAUGCAGUAGCUCAAAUUAAACCUUUGUGCAUUGGGUUAUGAAUAAUCUUUUGUUCCAAAGAAGGCAAAAGCCUCAGUCUGAUUUAAUACCAAAGAAUAAAUUUUUCUGACUUUGCAAGUAAAUCUAAAUGUAUUCUAUGGACAAAAUGGACACAAAGGGAAUUUUCUAAAUACCAGACAUAAUUACACAUUUUUCACAUUUAGAGGGUAAUCCUAUGAUACAAUUUCCAUGUCUGUUUUUAAAGACUAUCACCAGAAAAGAAAAUUUGUAAGAGAAAGAAAAUGUGAAAAUGAUCAUAGGCUUGGGGAUUUCCCCAUAUCCAGAAAAUUCCAGGUUAAGGCUUGAAGUUGAAUCAUUCCCAGGUCUAGGUCUAAAGUUUACAAGAGUACAAGGCAAACAAUUUCUUUGGGGACAAGCAGCAUUAUUUCAAUUAGACCUUCUGUAGGGUGAAAUCAUUCUUCCCCACACUAUGAAUGGACUCCAAGUAUCAUAAUAAGCAAGUAAACUCACAAGAACCAAAGCUGACAUAAGGAUAAAAGCAGCAAGAUCACAGUACACCAAAGUAUCAUAUAUAUUGAAGAAAUAAUUCAAUGUCUUAGAUUUCUCUAUAAAAAUUUGUGAUCUAUAUAGGACUUCAUUCACAUGGACACUAACAAUAAGGAGUAUUUGCUUUGGCGGUAGUGGAUCACACAUCUGCUUAUCUUGCUUUAAAUAUAUUUUUACAUAAUGUUUCUGAGCGAUACAGAUGUGAGUCAGGUAGCAUUUGAUUCCCCCACAUAUACACAACUGAGGUGCCCUUGCCAUCGGCAUCCCCUGGGAUCCUUGAUUCACUGACGUUAGCCAUACGAAUCCAGUGUUCAAACUCAGAAUAAUAAACUUAGUUUCUGCAUUAUCAGUCAGCAUAAAUAAUAAAUCCAGAAAACGUGCUGUAUUUGUUGUUGUUUCCUCCGUGGGCUUUCCCACCAUCUAAUUUGAUAUAGACUUCAUCUCCUGGCUCCAGGUGAAGAACCACACUGUUACUGGCAUAGUCGUAAUUUUGAUCAGCAUCUUGGGCAAUUGCACUAGCACGGACCUAUGUGAAACAGACAAGAGUUAGAGUUUGUGAAAGAAUCCGCACACUUUUCUGUUUUUGUCGUUGCUUUUGUUUUGCCAUUCACACAGCAGACUUGCUGCCAUAGCACAGAAUUUAGCAUGGGAAGGUCCAUCUUGCCUCAGAAGUGUAGGAGGAAAAUCCCUGUGAUACUUUGAAUGAUAUUAUUGGAAAGGAGAAGAGUGGGAGCCAUUAGUGCUUUAGUUAGGGGCCUUCUAACAGUUUUAUUAACUAGACAUCAUAAACAAUGCAUAUCAAUCUAUACUCUUCCUAGCUUACUUUUCUAAUUCCUUGAAUCCCUAUGCCCAAUCACUUUUGGAAAUGGAAAUAAUCGCAUUAUUUUGCAUUUUAACUGAAGCCACAUAAGAAUAUUCUAACUGGCUAUGAGUACAGAAGUUAGUCAUCACAGUUAUUAGAAAACUGAGAUCUACAGUAAGUACAGAUGAGAGAAAUACCACUACUCUGUAGGAAGAAAAAAGGAAGAAAGUCCCUUGAUUUCCGGCUUUCGAAAUCUAAUUCAAAUAAAGCCCCCUUCAGCAGGCUCCUUUAGGAGCUUAACUCAUGUACACAUCUUUAGUAAUCACCAGGUUGUCAGGGUUCUUCUAUUUGUGCCUUUUCAUCACCAAAUGACCAUAUGUGCACUGGACAAUCAUUUAAGUUCAAUAUAUCUGAAAGCUAGGGAAUGCACUAAAUGUCCAUGAUAUGAGGUCUCUGAAAUUUCUGAAAUUUUUGAAUGACUUUCUUCAACAGCCUUUCAUGUUUAGAAGAUUCUACAUGUGUGGUUUGCUUUGAGGAUGGAAGUUGUUUAUAAUCUACUCCUGUUAAGCCUGUGGUCUCAUUAGUGAGUUGAUAGACAUUUGCAAACAGUCAAAUUGCCUAUCAUAUCCUUGUGAUACGGACAUUCUGUCGCAUCCUCAACUCAAAUUAGGCUUCAUAUUCAUUUAGAUAUAUUUGGAUUCUGUCUUGGAAAAUCUUUCAAUAGGCAGACUUGCAUUUGAUUUAUUUCAGUAACACAUCUUCUACUUUGUGGCUUGUUUCUAUUCCACGAUAAUGAUAUUUCCCCCGAAUAACACAGCAAGUGAUUUAGUGGUUUUGUAAAUCUGCACUAUGUAAUAAUGCAUGACUUGGGGUACAAUAUGCUGGGUUUUAUCACUUGGCAAAAUGAAGGAAAUGAGACAUAAAGUCAAGAAUUCCCAUGCAUUUCUUUCAAAUUUUAAAUGAUAGGUUUUCAAAUUAAAUUUUCAUGUGAUACGUUCUCACAUUACUGCUGAAAUGUUAAAAAAGGAGAAGGCUCCUUGACACUGCUGAACUUGUAAAGGAAUUUGAGUGGUGCUUUAAAAAUUUCUUUUGGGCAUCAUAUAGCAAAGGGAGAAAAGGGCUUACAGCAUUUGGAAUUGCUUAACACUGCGCUAACUGGCACUAAUAGAAGGAGAGCAAUACACCAUGUAAUUAUGCUCAGAAGCAUUGACUCAAAUGUGUACAGCACGAGUGAGGUGAUCUGUUGUAACCAUUAAGUAAAAACACAACAGAACUCCACCCUACUUCCCACGAAUUCAUCAUCAGUCAGUAAGAGCCGAAUGCUUGGAUUUCAUCUAAGUCAUUAAUUCCUAGGGAAAACAGUCUACCCAAGGAGGAGACUGCUAUUAUGACCAGAAGUGUUUUGAACAUGGAUUUUUAAUGCAUGAGAAAAAUCAAAAUACAAAAAAAGAAAGUUUCCAAUUAUCUAUAUUAUUAACAUUUAAACUAAUUUUCAAUCCAUAACAUAGGUCUCAACUUUUACUGAUCACCAGACAUUCAUUUUAUUCAGUGCUUUGGGUAUUUAGUGUGUGUUCUGUGGGGAUUGUGCUCAAACAUUGUUUUUUCAUGAAGGAAUUUGGAAAUCAGGACACAUUAAAAUCUCUUGAUUUAAAGAAAAUGAUCUUAAAAAUGUGUAAUGUAGUUUUUAUUCUAUAAGGUACAAUCACGAAACCAAAUCAACAUUAGCGUGUGUAUUGAGGAGGUGUAACCACAGAAUCCUGCAGAUGCAUUGCAGGGACACCACGGGCUGGAAGGGUGAUUCGUUUUUAAUGGAAGUAACUCCCUAAGAUUUUAGCCUAUACUGUACCAUAACACCUUCCCAAUUAACUAACUGCCACACUCUGUGUACUCUACAUGAUUUGAGUUUGCCUGCUCACUGAUCACACCCUAAAGGUAUAAUGGGAUCUGAAAUGUCAAGCUCUAGUGUCCAGCUCAGUGACUUCAACAGAUCUUCCUUUAAGCCAUCACACUACUGAGGAAGGUAAUGGGUUCACCCUGGUGGCUAUUUUCAGCCUCCUAAAUGUACACUGAUUUCAGCAUUUUGUCAGAGAAUAUGAGGCAUCCUUUUCUCAGCCUACUACACUCCUUUCUACCUCUAAAUUGGCUCCAGUAUCUUUUCUUAUUCUGUUAACUAUUUAGAUUCUGCUUUGUCUUCAGUUCAUCUUUCCCUGCCCCUACAAAGAUAGACAUAUUAUUAAAUUCUCAAAUAGAUGACUGUCAACCCACGAACUAUUCAUUCUUUCCAAUAUAUCUUAUGUUGACUGGUGCCCUAAGUAAUACAUUCUUAAAAGAAAAAGCAGUGGCCUUUAAUUACUUUAUAGUCCUAACCUUAAGCCAGUUUUAGUUUUAUAAUAUAUAUAAUAUUAUAAUGGUAUUAUCGUGGUUGUAUUCAAAUACAAUUUUUUUCAGAUUUUCUACUAAAAGUGCACAAAUAUUAAAAGCAUUUCCUUUAUAUAAAGCUAUCUGAGUCCAACUUUUUCCUUUAAUAUGCACUGUCAUGAGCUCUCAACAAAUACUAGGAUUAAAUUCAUGUUGAUGGUUUCAUGGGGAAUUUGAGACCUGUGGUCCUUUUAGUGGUGUGCUUGCGAGAAUGGAAUAGGUUGUGUAGUUUUAGUAUUAUCUUAUUAUUGAGGAUUUACCAUUAGAGACAGUAUUUAUGGUAACAUUUGCUAAUUUAAUUAAUUGGUACUGAUGUUCUCAUAAUUUCAUUUUCAUUGUACUUCUGUGGAAUCAUAAACAAAAGGUUAAGUGGCACAUCAGGUUAAUUUACUGGCCUUUGAUGUUUCCAUCUGUGAUCCUGCGUUCAACACAAAGCAUAAAUAAAAUGGCUCUCACAUGGUUACGGUCCAGAAGCACUGCUGUCUCCUACAGUCACCUGCAUGUUUAGUUUAAUUUUUGUGCUUCUCAAAACCCACUUAAUCCACAGAACACGACAUUGCCAUGGAUCUCUGAGCUUCUGUUUUAUGAAAACAAAUCGGGUCAGCUCAAGAAGAAACUGCCAUCCUAAGAAGUGAUCAGACAAGAGUAUAACUGAAAAUCAAGGAUAAAGUAUUUAUAUAAAUUAAUAAAAAAGAGAUUUUAUAAGCUUUCUCAUUCAUAACUGUCUGCAGACCAGACUUUAGACAAUGGUUCUAUUCUAGAGAUAAAAUUCCUUAACAGUAAUAUUGUAACAACCACUUUGUAAAAUAGUCCAUGUGGAGUUCAAAAAUAUAUUGUUUACCACUAUACAUUUAUUUUUUUAUGAAUUAACCUGUUGCACACCUUUUGCAGGAGUAGCAGUUUAAGAUUGCUAAUGGAAAACCUUACACAUUAUAAGGGAAGCUGUUUUCCUUUUUUUUCCUGAACCUCAUAGAACGUAUAUGCUACAGUGAUACAAAGGAGCAUUUUACACUGUAAACAAUGGAAUCAGUUAAAAACAAAAUGCACGCAGUACAUCUAGUAGAGAAUUUUUCUUGGGAUCAGUGAAAUAAAUAUACAUGGACUCAGCGAUGUAGACAUCAACAUUUAAACUUAUUUAAAUGUAUUACUCCCCAGUUUUUCAUGCAAUUGCAAUUUCAGAUAUUUUUAAAAUGGCCAUUUUUAAUACAUUUGCUAAUAAAACUGGGAGUGUUUUCCAUUUUUAAUUGCUACCUCUGCAAACAAGCUCUUCAGCCUGACAGUGUUCCUCAGCCCUAGCCUCUGAGUCAGAAGAAAAUCCAUUUGCAAAUAGAAGGGUGCCUAGAACCAGCCCUCUGGAGGGGCAGUUAGAAACCAUUUUGUUAGGGUGACAAGGUGGCUCUAUUUUGGAACAGAGGCAUGCCCUUUUGUGCAUUUACCUAUCACUAUCCCGCUGCUCUGUAAAUAAUUGUCAUUUAUCUGAAUAUUAUUUUCGUGCAUAAUAACUCUAAUAAACAACCCUGUCAGUGCC